UUCUAUGUAUUAUCUUUAUUUAUAUUAUUUAAAAUAUAUAAACUAUCACUCGCGCGCAGAUCUGCAAUUUAAGUCACUCAAUACGUGGUUUCAAACCCUGAAAAUUCAGAACGCAUAUUUUACUAUUUAUUUCUGGCAUUGCAAUAUAACUAUCAUCGAUGCUAUGAUACUAUCGUGAGUAGCAUGGUUAGUAUUUUCCGGCGACGACGCGCAACCGCGACACGUCAUCGAGUGGUGCGCCUGUGCGAGCCAAGGACGACAGUAGUGGCAGAGGGCGAGGGCGAGGACGUGUUCAACGACGGUGGAGGGCAGAGAAGAGAGGGUGCGACGUCAACGUGAAGCUGUAAUGGCCGGUGCACCGCUAUAAGGGUGACCGCUGUGAGAGGACCGAGGGCGGGAGGUGUCGGAGGACCGAUAAACGCGUCCGCGCGCAAUCCGGCGCUCUCUCGAGCAGUCUGAUGCCGCCGGUCGCGGUGGAUUCAUGCGUCUGUUAUCGCGUCGCAUAUCUCGAGUACGGAUCGAGCUGGUGUAGCCAUAGGAACAUAGAGUGACUGCGAGAGAGAUCGCGAAAGGAGCUAAAAGGGCGUGAAUUCGCGAGGGAUCGAACACAAACUUACGGAAGAAAACGUGAAGCAACGUGAAGGGGAUUUCGUCGCAAUACCCUUUGCCAAGAAUUUUGAGCGCUUCUGAGCGAGAAACAAGAGUGCGAUUGGGUUUUCAAAGGGAGGAAGAAGAAAUUGUGCAAAUUAAAGGGUGCGCGAUCGAAUUACUACUUAUUAAAUCGCGCGGAUUCGGAAGGGACAUCUCACGUCUCUCAUCUAUGCCUGAUAAGUGAGUGACGAUCUUGCGGCAGGGAAAACCCGGCGGACUGCAGCCUCGGGAGGGCGACUGCCGCUCAAUGCCGCCCUGGAGACAUAUAUGGUGGUGGUGAACGGUCGUGGUCGGGGUGAUCGUGAAGAUGAGCGACGUCAAGUGGUCGACGCAGAGAGAAGACAGGUAGGAAAGACUACUCCAGAAUACGUUGCACUUUGCGAGAGAACAUGGUGAUCGGUAAUCACUGUCGGCCUACCGCCUCCCCCGAUUCUCGAACGCGUAAUGGCGUUGAUUAGGGAAUCGAUCGUGUUGGGGCUGUCGAACAACGCUACUCUGCGACUGGUCACUUCCCGUUCGCGCUCGUCGACAAGAGGGUGCAAAUCGGAACCGCUCGACGUGAGCUGCUACCGUCCAGGCCGUUGGCAAAUCGAUUUUCGCGAGGGGCAAGAGAGGCAAGGAUAGGCGAGCGAGAGACGAACGAAAGCCGAGGUGCAUAGUGUGUGUGUGUGUGUGUGUGUGUGUGUAUACAUUACAUUAUUAUCCGUAUAAAUACACGUAAUGUGCGUGUGUGUGGGCGCGUGCGCGCGUAUAUGUGCGUGCAGCAGGUGACUUCGCGAACGGAUUGAAAGUUUUGAGAAUGGUACACAAGGGAUGCGUAAACUAUCGAAACGGAAGAGCCAAACUAAGACUACUCGUUUCUUCGCUCCGGGAACAGUUCUGUUCUACAAACCAGACACCGGCUACUUCCGGCCGUUUAAUCUCGCUCGAAGAAAAACGAUAAGAAAACGCAGUCAUAGACAGUUGUCCCAGCGGAUGCAGACCGUGCAACUGAUCACUGGCAUCACCGGAUCACUGACAUCAAUUUGCAAGAAGUGAAACGGAAACUUAUACCCAAGUGAUGACUUCCUUAUGAACGCUCUCGAAUGGGACAACGUGAAAAACUUGAGAAGAAAAGUCAGGCUGUGGAAGGUUUAUUCUCUUAGUGCUUAUUUAGAUACGUUCUUAAGUCAUUUUUAUGAAAAGACUGGAGGGCAGUUUGACUUGAUUGUAACUGGAGCUGUCAGCAGUGCCAAGCAUGGCGAGGACCAAUGACAGUAAAUGCGGACGUGGCACCAAGCGCGCCGUUGUCAUCGUUCAUAGCUGCGAUGCCGCUGUCACAUCUCGUGGUACAGCAAUGUCUCAGCAGUACAGAGUAAUCAGUAUUGGUAAUGGCGGUAGCGUUCAGCAAUAUAGCAGCAAUAACACCGGGAAUAGCAAUGGCACCAGCAUCGGCGCCAGUACUGAAACUACCAGCGACAACACCAACAAUCACAGUCAAGUAGAGGGUAUGAUUAAAUAAAAUCAUCCCUUUGGGUAUAUAUGCAACGCACUUCAGAA